AUGAGGGCCUGGAACGACCUUGGCGUGGUGGAGACAAUCUACGAGGAAGAGCACGAAGAUGCUUCCAACUCCCCUUCUUUCACGCCUUCCACGGCCAGCCCGAGCUCUUCCUCACCAUCGUCGUCAUCCCUGCAGAGUAAAGUGGAGGAAUGGUAUGAACUCUAUAAUUUGGGUCCUCUCGUCUCCUUCUUUUACGAUCCGCUACGUUCGCAAACCCAUCUUCUAUUCAGAUAAAUCGCUGAAUAGUCCCGAAUGAAAUGAUAAGAUCUUUCCUCCCCUUCCUCCUCCUCCUCCUCCAUCUUGUUACUGUGAUCCACUCAGGUCGCGGGUGACGGGGUGCAAGGUCGACGUCUCCGUCCACGUCCAUGACCACUGCUUCCACCUUCACAAGGUAAGCUUUGUAGAGCCCAGUAGAGUUUUUGAGAUUAUUUGCUCCCGAAUGCUGCUUGGCCUCGAGCCCAUCAUGAGCUUCACUUCUCCGACAAGGAUCCGAAAUGGAUCUCCACGGGAAGCGAAGUGUUUGGAGGAUUGGACAUGUCAUGAGUACCACCAAAUGGAAGGAGCUAACAUGAGCAGUAAUGGCGGAGUCCAGGGCAAUUUAAUUCCUGCAACCUCCUCUCUGAACUCUGCAGGAGCGGCUUGCGUUACGCAGCGGCUACCUCAGACGACACGUGGAGGAAUCCUCCACCGUCACCAUCUCGCCGCCGCUCAGCAUCAGCGCGGAGACUUUCACGGUGGUGGCGGACUUCUGCUACGGCGCCGAUAUCGCCCUCACGCCUUUCAACGUCGUGUCCCUGCGGGUUGCGGCUGAGCUCCUGGAGAUGAGGGAUGACGAAGGCGACGGAGGAUGGAACCUGGUGGAGAGGACGGAGGAGUACUUCUCACGAGCGGUCCACCCGUUCGCGGAGUACGCAGCGAUCGUGCUCCCCAUUUGCCUGGAUCUCCUCCCGACGACGGAGCAGAUGGUCUCCAUGGCGAGCAGGUGCGUAGAGACGCUUGCCACGGCCGACGGUACCGACGGCCGCGGCUGGCUUGACGACGUGGCGUCUCUUCCGAUCCGAGACUUCCAGAUGGUGGCGGACUCUCUGCGCGAGCGAUCCACCCACAACCACGACCUUCUCUAUCGGAUCGUCGACUUCUACCUCGAGGUAAAGCAAGCCUCAACUCCGCUUCUUCCUCUUGUUCUUUCUCGUCCACUUCUUCCUCCCAUCUGAGCCCAUGCAUUAUGGUGGUGGCCACUGCAGAACCACCCUGGGAAAUUGACGGAAGAAGAGAAGGCUCGGAUCUGCUACUCAGUGGACAGCAAGAGGCUGUCGCCGAACGAGCUGGUCCGCCUGAUGCAGAACCCGAGGAUGCCUCUGCGGUUCAUCGUGCGGGCCAUGCUGGUGGAGCAGCUGCUCACCCGCCGGGCCGUCUUCGACUGCGUUCCCAAGACGGGCGGCACCACCCUCGGCAGCAUCCUCCAGCGGGACGCCGCCCUCCGCCAGGAGGCCCACCUCAGAGCGACGAUGGAGGCCACCGGAAUCAGAAUCCAGACCCUCGAGCGGGAGCUCGCCGACAUCAAGAGCAGGCUGAGGAUGUCGCAGGAGAGGAGCCCACAGGAGCAGGACUCGCAGCCGGAACGGGUCCGUUCGGCAAGCUGCCGCUUCUUCGGGCCGGAGGAGACGGCGGACGUGGAAGGGUGGGCGGCGCCUGCCAUGAAGCCGUCCCUGGGAAUCUCCAACCAGAGAAAGAGCUUGGGACGGACCCUGCUGCGCGGACUCAGGAAUGCCUUCCGGAGGACGAAGUCAGGCUCCGAGAGUAUAAACACCAGCGGCUGCGGGGCCGACGGCGGCGAGGACAGGGACGUGCCAUACAGCGUCAAGCAGGAGGACUUGCGGCGGCCCGAUCACAGCCGGCACCAUUCCUUCGCGUGA